AUGAGUAGUACUGGAGGUGGUUCGGUUGUGCGGUUGUUGGAGAAGGAUAGCUUGAAGCCUGGCUUGAAGGAAGGUGGUUUGAAGAGCGUUUCGGGGAAGGUCAAACCACUUGGAUGCGUGGCGCGAUGGCGGAUGAAUCCUUACGUUCGUUUAGUAAUAUACUGUUUAGCAUGUUUGUUUACAUCGUGUUUGUAUUUUGGUUGGCAGGCGUACUCGGCGAUGAUUAUCAAGUCAGGUGCGUAUGCAUGGAAGUGUGAUCCGGGUUCACCGACGGAAGACCCGGAUGACCCUGCGAGUUGUCUGGAGCAGUCUAAGGCGGUGAGUGGGUUGUAUUCAUUGGCCAACGGUUCAGAGUUCGUGUGUGCCGCGGUGGCAGGUGUGAUGCUGGAUACCUUCGGGCCUCAAGUCACGGCCUCGAUUGGCGAAACGUUGCACUUGUUAUCGAUUUUAUGUUUAAUUUUCGCGACUGAGAAGUUUCGUGUGUAUACACUCGCCAUGGUCCUGGCGGGCGCAUGCGUCAACAUCAUCUGCUUCCCUGCCUUGACUGUGAUGGAACACUGGCCACGGCGUCAGGCGUUGGCGGUCUCCAUUAUUGUAGGCUGUCAGUCUGCUGCUUCCGUGGUAGCUCCGAUGCUAAACGCAAUUUGGAAGAAGCAUCCCGACUGGCGCUUCCGCAGCAUCUGGGGUGUCUGGCUGGUUGUUGUCUGGCUCCCCGUGAGCGCACUCUACAUCUGCUGUCUACCCCGCAAACGUGAUUACGGCGCCCUGCUAGCCACCAGUGUCAUCCUACGUUCCGAUGAGCCCGCCGUCGACUUUGACGGCAACCCGAUUAAGCGGAAAUUUAGCGAUGAACUUGACGCACCCCGUUCCGAACGCGAAGAUCUCGAGACCGGAUUCGGCGCGUCGACCAGCGGCGAGCGAACUGGCGGUUACUCCACGCCUAGCAACCACCCACGUUCGGAGCACGCACGUUCGGAACUCGGCAGCGGGAUCGAAAUGGCGCGAUUGCGAGACACGAGUGUGUCCACGGCCGCGGCUGUGGAAGAGGACGCAGCGGCGCUGGAGGAAAUCGGGAAGGGUGACAGGACGCGCGGCAAGGCGCAGUGGAAGCUCUUCAUCAGGUGUUUGCAGACGUUGGACAUAUGGAUUAUGGCGGCCUUUUGUGGUUUACUCAUGUUCCAGUUCGCGUAUUACCCGGCGGUGGUGAAGGACGCGGUAUCCAUGAGCGUGUCCGACUUCGUCGGUUGGCUCACACCCAUGCAGGGCCCGUUCUCCUUCGUGAUUGGGUUCUGUAUGGACUAUACCGGAACCACGCUCGUUAUGUUUGUUAUGGGAGUGACACUGAUCUUUGUUAACCAGACCUGCGCCUGGGCCAGCGAGAACGAAAGCUUAAUGCGCUUCACUGCCGUCUGGUUCAUCUUCAUCCAGUCAGCCACGUACAACAUCAAGUACACGUUCGUCAACGAAAUGUACGACCCGUUCAACUUCGGCAAACUCGUGGGAGUGCUCGGAAUUGCUGGCGGCAUUGGGGUGUACUGCUCGGAUCCGCUAGUGAAAAGUACAGAAUACAACACCAUCCUGAACGCUCUAACCGGGGUCGCGGCCUUCAUGUUAGUUCUCACCGGAUUCGUGUUCAUCAGACAAAUGAAGGGCGUCACCCACAAGACGGUCCGUGCCGUUGAACAGAAACACAGACAAGUCAACAAUGUCGACUAG